CGGCUAACGGGCAGAAAGAAGCUGCACGACGAGCAGCAGCAACACAUCGCUGCACUUCUUCUCACCUUGUGUUUGUGCUGUUUUCUGGAGGUUGACAUCGACGGAGCCCGACGUCUAUGCUUGUUGUGAGAUUUGUUUUAUCACAUUUAACCGGGGCGCAUGGAGUCGGCGUUGAAAAGGUCGGUGAGGUGUUUCGCGGACGAGAGAUCAUCCAGCUAAUGUUAGCUAGCCGCGGCCAGUCACGGAUUGAACGGUGUGUGGACUCGGGAGUGGAAGCUCGGAGGUGCUGCCCACUCUACCAACGACGGAGAGACGGACGGUCAUUGUUUAGUAACAUAAACAAUGGGGCUCAUUUUCGCCAAACUGUGGAGCUUCUUCUGUAACCAAGAGCACAAGGUGAUCAUUGUUGGACUUGAUAAUGCAGGGAAAACCACAAUCCUCUACCAGUUUCUGAUGAAUGAGGUGGUCCACACGUCACCCACCAUUGGCAGCAAUGUAGAAGAAAUAGUGGUGAAGAACACCCACUUUCUGAUGUGGGACAUCGGAGGGCAGGAGUCCCUCAGGUCCUCCUGGAACACCUAUUACUCCAACACAGAGUUCAUCAUUCUGGUGGUGGACAGCACCGACAGAGAGCGGCUCGUCGUCUCUAAAGAGGAGCUCUACAGGAUGCUGGCUCAUGAGGACCUGCGGAAAGCAGCUGUGUUGAUAUUCGCCAAUAAGCAGGAUAUGAAGGACUGUAUGUCUGCAGCCGAGAUCUCCAAAUACCUCACCCUGAGCUCCAUCAAAGACCACCCCUGGCACAUCCAGUCCUGCUGUGCACUUACAGGAGAGGGUUUGUGCCAAGGCCUGGAGUGGAUGACCUCGAGGGCCGGACUCAGAUAGCCCCUCCCUCAGCCGUGAACGGCCUGACUACCUGCACCACCCGCCGGGUGGCACUAAAGCAUCUCCUUUACAGGUUCAUGUUCUUUUUUUAUUUUUUUAAUGAUGAAUUUAAAUGGACUUGGACCCCUGCAGACAACACAGGAAGGGGGCUCAUUGUUCCUGUGGUGCUGCGAUUUCCUCUCCAGAACGAGUGAACUGACCUGGUUGUGGAGUGAGAAGUUGUUUUUAAAGUAAAGGAGGAGGAUACAUGUCCAAGUGGACACCACUUAUUUACACUACGUACAUAUCAUGUUACACCAUAUCAUAUCACGAGAUUGCCAUAAACACCAUGUUGGUGCCCAGCUUUGAGAAGUACUGUGCAGCUCUAAUACCAUUGUUGUUUCUCUGUAAAUGUGUGUUCAGGUACAAACCCACAGGGCAAAGGGAUUACAAGCAGUAUUGUCAAAGCAGUUUGCUGGGAAAGGUAGCACUACAUAGUGUUUUUUUUUUUUGUUAUAUAAACAAAGUUCUCAUGUUUGUUUUGUUUUGGGUUUUUUUUUUUUUGGUAGCACAGCCAUCGAUUUCUGUUACACAUGAUCUCAGUUUCAUAAGCUACAUUGUUGUUCUCACAUUUGAAGGGUUUCACAAAUGAACCUUGAGCCUGGACCAGUGUGUAAUCAAGCCAAGCGGUGCAGAAUCCAAGUGUUGGCAUGGUAACCGACUAAACUCAAGACAAACCCACUGGAGCCCUAAGCAGACCUGCAUUCAUACAUUUGAUUUACCGUAAAAUCGGGAAUAUAAGUCGCUCGAUAUAUAUGACGCAGUCUGAUUUUAGAGGGAGAAAAAUUGUCUAAACUUUCUUCCUGCGUGAUGAUUUCUAUUUUCUAAGUCCGUUUCUUUGCAGCUCUGAAGCUCUUGAAAUCAGUCAGGUUUUCCCUCUGUAAAGUCUGCACUCCUACUAGCUACAGUACGGUAGUUGAGCUCUCAGCUCCCGGUGAAAGUUACAGACCCACCGCCCCGCGAGUCGUACUGCUCACCGCCACUGGUCACGCGUUAACUUUAAUGAAGGACUCUUUCAGUUUUAUUUACGAAUCAAUAUACCACCCUUUAAUUUAAAUUCAUGCUUAUGACAUAAUGAGAGAAAAUAGAUGUUCAAAAGUCGUGCAGCCAAUCUGGUCGUGGUCACACUGAUGUUUAAGGCGUAGAUUAAAAAAUAGGUAUUAUAAGUGCGUCUUAAACCAGAUUUUACGAUACUCUGAUUCCCCGGUUGUUUCCUUGAGAUCUCGGCUCAUAACGUUUCCGUCAGAGUUACAGAGGCAAAAAAUCAAACGUAUAAAAUAAGGUUAACUUGCCUCGUUGGUGUGGGCAGUGACAGCUUGGCAUGCUGUAGUCUCGCCUUUCACAGAGACCGUCUUAUUCUUAUUGUUUAUAGCAAGAAGAAUAUUUGUUAUCCCAACAAAAUGACAAUGAGUCGGUUUUAAAGCAAAACUAAGAUUUUUACCCCGAGAUAAUAACAUAUAUAAUUCGAGAUCUCAGCGGAACGAAGUGAAAACUUCCAUAUGACGGGAACAUUAAUGUAUACAUGCAUGUCUGCUUCGGGCUUCCAUACAGCCAGCUCUUCUCUAAUUCAAAGUAUUAAACGGCUGAAAACAAUUUCUGAUACAGGUAACACGCUCAGUUUUAAUAACAGUAUUUUAAAUUAAAACACUGCUUUUAUUUAGUUUUAUUGGCUUUUAUGUAAAGCAGGGAUCAUGGCGAGUUAGCAUCUGGAUCGAUUUUGGAUUCACGAUGAUCAUUGAUUCUCUGGGUGUGUUUGUGUGUGUGUGUGUGUGUGAGAGAGAGUCCUCAUGUUUGGUUAAUUCUUUUGUCCUGGACCAUUUUACAAAAGGGAUCAGAACAGGUGCCACACGUGUACAGGAAGGUGUAACUUGACGACCAUCAGAACUCGAUUUUUCCGUAGCAUUAAGAUGAUCUGAACAUUUCCGCCAUCCCGCAGCUCGAAUACUUGACCCUCCUCCGCCUUAUUACCCGUGCUGUCCCGAGUGUCUGGGCGAUGGCGUUGACAGUGUGCCCCUUGUUUUGACCCGCUAUAAGAAUCCCUUGUUAACAGAUCUAUGCACGUGUCACUUUGAAACCAUGUUUACCAUUUUCAAGCUCAAAUCAGUGGCCAAAAAAAAGGAGGCGGUGCAUGAGUUUCAUCGGUUUAAAAAUGGCGUCCCAUCGUGGUCAGGGAGUGUGCCUCUGGGUCUCUUGAAUAAGGUGGGGUAAAGUAUUUUUACACUUACAGGGUUCUGCCCCGGACCCUGCAGGGUUAAGGUUUACAGCUUUUACCUUGAUCUGACAGAGCAAGGGAAGUAGAACAUGUACUCUCUGUGGGGUGGUUAUCAGUCGGGGUCAUGGACUGUAUUUCACUUGUUUUCAAUAAAAGUUGGUUUUCAAUUUUGA